AUGCCCCAAGAAGAUCCUCCUGGAGCCUGCGGCGUCACCGUCUCUGCCCCACCGGCCGUUCCUACAUGGACCGUCAGCACGUGGCAGCGCGAUCCAACCAUGUUUGCUGGCCUUCGUAGUGAGGGCGUUGAUGACUGGCUGGACAAUUAUGACCGCGUGAGGAGGCGUCUACAGUGCGUCGUCGGGGCAUGGAACCGGCACGGCAACGAUAUUGCCACCCACGCCAUUUUUACUGUUCUUUCAGCACCUCGACGCCGGACGUCGGCUGCGGUGUUCAUCGGAGCUCGACCGGGCAGCAGCGGCAAGCACCACCCGUACCGUGACCAACCGUGCUCCCUAGCCGGUGUGGUCGUGCCGACAGACAAGGUGGCUCAUCGCUCUGCCCUACUGCGGGAUCCCGAGGCCCGCUUUCGAGAUUGCGGACCACGAGUGGGAUGGACAUCCAGCGUGCUGCUCCACGUUCGCCAUCCUCCCCCCGUCACAGAGGAGGUGGCCCUGAGCACCACUCGUACCGUGGCUGACCGCGUUGGCGCCAUCGCAUUUCCACAUCCAUGGCGUCCUGCUGGCACAGGGAUUUCGUUUGGAGCCCUGCUAAUACUGGAUCUUGACCUCUGUUCUCGAUUGCGGCCCACGCGUAGGAAGGAUAUCCAGCGUGCUGCUUCUCGUUUGCCAUUCUCCCAACUUCUUCCUGAAGAUUCCCUUGAGCUCCACUCAUACUGUCCCGAGCGUUCUCCUUCGACGGUGUGGUCGUCCUCGCAGACAAGAUUGGUCAUGGUCCUGCUUUGCAACGGGUCCCGUACUCUUGCUUUCGAUUGCGGUCCACAAGGGUACCGAGAGCGCUCCUGCACAUCGACUCUCCGGUCCACGCUUGAAAAGAUUACUUCGGGCACGAGCAUCACCUGUUGCAUGAGCCACUGCUAUCAUUUCUACGUUUUCUCGCCGAUGACGUCCUGCUGCCAGAAGCCUUGUCUCCUCGCCCUGCACUACUACUGCUCCUGUACUCCUGUUUUCGAUUGCGGUCCACAAGGGUACCCAGAGCGCUCCUGUACAUCGACUCUUUGGUCUAUGCUCCAAAAGGUUACUGCGGGCACGAGCAUCACCUGUUGCACGAGCCACUGCUAUCAUUUCGACGUUCUCCCGCCGAUGGCGUCCUGCUGCCAGACCACUGUUCUCGCCCUGCACUACUACUGGUUCUGCAGUCCUCCUUUUGGUUGCGGUACACAAGGGUAACCAGCGGAGCACACCAGGGCACACCAACUCGCCGGUCUACGCUCCAAAAGAGAUUACUUCGGGCGCGAGGAUAACCCGUUCCAUGAGCGACUUCUAUCAUUUCUAAGUUUUCCUACCGGUGGCCUCCUGCUGGCAGAACUUUUCUCCUCGCCCUGCACUACUAU